ACUCGCUUCUGGUAAUCGACACGUCUCCCAGCCGCACGCAGUCUCGCCGAAUACUAUUGGUGGUUCUACGUGUAACAUUGUCUGAACCAUCGCGGGGCUCCGAACUCACCGUACAAAGCGCGUACCUGUGUUUAUGGUAGACGCGGAUGUGGUGGGAGGGACGCGUGGCUUUUUAGGCCGCUCUGGGUUAUUUAAACCGGUGAGGCAUAGCAGAAAUAGUGAGGUCGGCUCUGCGGGUUUUAGGUCUUUUUACACCUAUAUCGCCUCUCCUGUCUUGCAUUUAAGAGAGAGAGGGAGAAGACAGAGGCGCGAUUCUAAAGCCUUUCACCAGUUGAGCUGCGUCCGUACGUCAAUGGCGUUCGUUUCUUUCGUUGGGAGAGUUCUCUUUGCUUCUGUCUUCAUUCUCUCUGCUUGGCAAGAGUUUAAUGAAUUUGGUGUUGAUGGUGGGCCUGCAGUAGAGUCAUUGGCCCCUAAGUUAGAUGUUUUCUCUAAACAUGUGUCAGCUAAUGUUGGGGUCCAAGUGCCAGAAGUAGAAAUUAAAAAUUUAGUGGCUGCAUCUAUAGCUUUGAAAGGCCUUGGAGGCCUUCUUUUUAUCUUUGGCAGUUCUCUUGGAGCGCAUCUCUUGCUUCUUCAUCAGGCAAUCGUCAUUCCUAUCUUGUAUGACUUUUACAACUAUGAUGUUGACAAGAAAGAAUUUGUUGUACUCUUCCUCAAGUUCACUCAGAAUUUGGCACUGUUCGGAGCAUUGCUCUUUUUCAUAGGCAUGAAGAACUCAAUGCCCAGGAGACAACUCAAGAAGAAGGCUCCAAAGACAAAAACAGUCUAAAAGUGGACAGAUUGGGUAUAUAGUUCCUGAUCAAGUUGUAUGAUGUUCACGAUGCCAGCCAGCCGAGAUAUUGUUCAGGACCUAUUUUUGUAUGCUUAUAUUGGAGGUUCUUUUUUCUUUUGGUUUUUCCCCUUCCAGUUCACAUGGAAGAUUUUACUUAUUUCCUUUGAGGGUGUGAUUUUGUUUCUUGUUAGGCCUGUUUUAUGGAUAUUUAAAAAUUGAGGUUUAGAGGCAUUUAUGAUCCAUGAAAAUUUACAGUGUU